GAAGGGGGGAUCUCCGCCGGUCCCAUCAGUCCCGCCACCGGUAUCAGCGCGGCCCCGUGAUGCCCGCGGGGGGCCCGAGCCCCCUUCCCCCCCCCGCCGCUGUCCGGCACUUCCGUCCCUUCGCGGUGACGCCGCGAGGUCGCGCCCCCACGUGACGCCGCGGCCGCCGCACCCGGAAGCGGCGCGGAGCGGCCGCCGGUGCCGCCCCCGGUGCCGCUGCCCCGUCAUGUGAGAGCGGCGGGACGGGCCCCCCCAGGCCACGAUGGAGCCCACGGCCUCGCAGGUGUUCUGCGGGCGGGUGCUGGGCAUGGUGAACGCCGAGGACGUGAAUGCCAUCAUCCUGGCCCAGAAAAACAUGUUGGAUCGGUUCGAGAAGACCAACGAGAUGCUGCUCAACUUCAACAACCUGUCGAGUGUGAGGAUGCAGCAGAUGAACGAGCGGUUCCUGCACCACACCAGGACCCUGGUGGAGAUGAAGAAGGACCUGGACAGCAUCUUCCGAAGGAUCCGGACACUCAAAGGGAAGCUGGCGAAGCAGUACCCCGAGGCUUUCAGCAACAUCCACGAAUCUCCCAUCCUGGAAGACGACGACGAUUUCGACCCCGUCCCCAAAAGCACCACGACCACCAUCGCUACCUCUGAGCAGAGCACGGAGUCCUGUGACACCAGCCCUGAUGUCAUCUCUCCCACCACGAGCCAGGAUUUUGAGGAUUUAUCCCAAGGCCAGUACGACGUGCCGGCCGUGAACGGACAGAGUCUCACAGACGAGGACACGGCCAACGGCCUGGACUAGGAGUCGGGCCCUGCCCCCAGAGAACUUUCUAUCCUGUAUAUUUAUAUUUGUGUGUUGCUUUUUUUUUUUUUUCUUUUUUUUUUUUUGUUUUUGGGAAGAGGGAAGCGAAGGCUGGGAGAGAAGCCGAGGGAGGAAGAAGGUGCUGCCCUUCCUCCUCUAAACUGCCACUGAGGUGUAAACCCACCACUCGCUUCAGGGGGAAUCAGUAAAUCCCGGGUUGGAAA